UCACCUGUCUUCAUACCCGCAGUGAAACAGCCGCGUCUUCUUCUCACCUGAGGGUUCGAGUUUUGCCUUUUUGGUCUUUUACCGACAUUUUGGACACAAGAGAGAGAAAACAUCAGAAACUGGAUUUAACACAUUCAGGAUUCAUCUGUGGUCGUUCAGCGUGAAAUUUAACGUAGAGGACUUCACUCUGCAAACAACCGCUGCAGUCAUGACCCGUCGGUUGGUGCUGAUGGUGCUGAGUCUCGGGCUCGUGCUGUUGGCGUGUUCCCGUAGCGGCGAGGCGCGUGUCAGGCUCAACUCCAUCAGGACGGUGAUCCUGAGGGAGGGGCACGCGCUGCCGGUGAACCGCAGCACGUGGGAACCGAGUGUGGACCUGGCGCUCUACCAGUGCAUGAGUGACCUGGAGUGCAGUGAGGGGAGCUAUUGCCACGCCCCCACUAAAGGCCCCGCCCACUCCCGCUGCCAGACCUGUCGCAGGAGGAAGAGGCGUUGCCAUAGGGAUGGCAUGUGUUGCCCGGGCAACCGCUGCAGCAACAAUAUCUGUGUUCCUGACAUGGAUAGUUUUGUGUCUCAGAGAAUCCCAGACUCAGAUGGAGGAAUGAGUCCACUAUCUAAAAAGAAAGGAUGGAGGAAAAGAGGCAGAAUGGACGACAAGGGAGUGACGAGUAAAGGUCAAGUUGGGGAUCCUUGUCUGCGCUCAUCCGACUGUUCAGACAGUUUAUGUUGCGCCCGUCACUUCUGGACUCGUAUCUGCAAGCCGGUGUUGCGGGAGGGACAGGUUUGUACACGCCACCGCCGCAAGGGGAACCAUGGCCUGGAGCUGUUCCAGCGCUGCCCAUGUGGGGAUGGACUAACCUGUCGAACACUGCGAGAGCCCGGUGCCCAGCCUUCAUUACCAUCAUCUUUGUCAUCGUCGUCAUCAUCGCUCCUGGCAGCGGCGGCAAAGUCCAAGUUUGCCGCCUCUUCAUCUCGCCACUCAUCUCCUCACACGUCUUUGUUGUCUUCAACCUCUGCAUCAUCAGCAAAGUCGUCAUCUUCGUCAGCAGUGGCAAAAACGAGACUUCAUGUGUGCCAGAAAAACUGAGGAAGGAAGGAUGGACGGAUGGAAAGAAAGACAGACUGAAAGAAAGGAGGUGAGAGGAAGAGUGGCCUGAAAGAAGACGGAAAGACUGACGGAAGGAAAGACCUCCAUUGCUUUGCCCAUGACCAACUCCAGAGGGAACGAGAGGCAGAGACAGAAAAAGAAGAGUGAGACCGAGUGAAACGUUGGGAGGGGUGAAUAACCAUACCUGUUUACACCUGUGAAAACUCCCCCACUCAAAACUGUCCCAGUAUCUUGAUGCUAAUUAGCUUCCUGUCAGGCUGCAUUCAAACACAAACUCAGCCGGGAUGUGAAACUCUAUUGUGGUUCAGAUCUGGUUUCCUCCUGGGUGUCUAGACGAGCAGAAACCACUUUAAGAUCCGGCUUAACCCCAUUUACACCUAUAGGAAAAGCAUUGAUAUUGAAAACCCUGAUGCAUCUCUGUUGUGGUUGAAGAUCUAAAGAUAACAAUCAGGUGGUGUUAUUCUGAAAAACCAUGCCACAGAAAUUAAUCGAAAUUAGAAAAUGAAAAAAUAUUUUUAUUCCCACAAAAAAGGGAACGAUGUACUUUCGCUAAUUUCAGUACAGUAAUAAAUCAAACAAAAGCAUAUUUUAACCAAGGUUAAAACUGUCAAUAGAAACUCUUCAAAUCCAUAUUUACUUCCUAGAGUGUGAAGUGUCGCCUUGUUGAACCAAAACUGUCCCUGCCCAAACUUUAAGGCCUGAGGUUUGUCCAGACGUCCUAUUUGAUUGCACUGUUUUUGUCGUGAGAGUUAUUUUUCUAUAAGUUGUUCCUGUAUAUUUUGGAUGAAUGUUGGCGUAAUUAUUUGUUUGUUUAUGCGUCUCUCUGCCAGUUUAUUUAGGGGGUUUGUUUCCACUACUUUAAGAAUCAGUUAUCGGUUUCUGUAAUGUUAGGCAGUCUGUGAAUCAAUCAAGCUUUACAAUUAAAAGGAUUUGUCAUUUCCAAAAUGUUUGUGUUUCUGUUUUUUGGGACAAACAUAGGUAUUUAUACUAUGUGGUCAAGAGUACGUGGUCUUCAAUGGAGGAAGAAGUAUUGACAUUGUUUGCUACUUUUGGUAGCAAAUAGUGAAAAUACUCCAUUACAAGUAAAAGUUAUGCACUUGAAAGCUUACUUAAGUAAAAUUACAAAUGUGAGCAAAAUGUACUUAAAGCUCCACAAGUGAAAGUACUUGUUAUGCAGACAAACUUAUUUUCUAUAAAUUUAUUCAGUAUAAAUGUAAUUGCUAGCUAAUAGUAUCUUAACUAGUAAACA